UUACGUCACAUGAGUGACAUAAUAGUUACCACCAAAAAUGAUGGAAUCAGAACAAACAAUUGAAGACUGAAUCCGACAUCAUCAUCGUCCUCUUCGAUGAUCCUGAUGAAGAUGAACCUUCUCUUGUCUCUUCUCCUUCUUGCUUCCACACUCUAUUCUUCUCUAGCUAAGGGUGCUUUUCAAUCUCUUCUUCCUUCAGAAGAUUUCAGUGACCGUAGUAAUGUAAGCCGUGCAAGGCGUUUGCUCGAAGACAGUGAGUCUCAGGCCCGGACUAGUGUUGAUUUGACACGAGGUUAUAUGAGCAAUUCUGACCUUGAAAGGAACAUCAAGGAAUUUGGAGAAAGAUGCAGCAACAUUUCUAGAAUAUACAGUAUUGGGAAGAGUGUGAAUGGAGUUCCACUGUGGGUGAUUGAGAUUUCUGACAAGCCGGGAGAACAAGAGACCGAACCUGCAUUUAAGUAUAUCGGAAAUGUGCACGGAGAUGAACCAGUGGGCCGUGAACUUCUUAUAAUUUUGGCCAAUUGGUUAUGUGAUAAUUACUUGAAAGAUCCUCUGGCGACAUUGAUUGUGGAGAAUGUUCACCUUCAUUUACUUCCAUCAAUGAAUCCCGAUGGCUACACCUUAAGGAAGCGUGGUAAUGCAAAUAAUAUUGAUCUGAACCGGGAUUUUCCUGAUCAGUUCUACUUUGCAAAUGAUGAUGAGGAGUCUCGGCAACCCGAAACAAGAGCAAUAAUGAAUUGGUUAAGAGAUAUACGAUUUACAGCAUCUGCAACAUUGCACGGGGGCGCACUUGUUGCAAAUUAUCCUUGGGAUGGUACCCGUGAUAAAAGGACUUUCUACUAUGGAUGUCCUGAUGAUGAAGCAUUUCGGUUCAUGGCAAGUAUAUAUAGCCACUCCCACUACAACAUGUCUUUAAGCAAGGAGUUUAUAGAUGGAAUCACAAACGGAGCAGCAUGGUACCCUUUAUACGGAGGAAUGCAAGAUUGGAACUAUAUACAUGCUGGUUGUUUUGAAUUGACCUUGGAAAUUAGUGACAAUAAAUGGCCUAAAGCUUCAGAGCUUCCUAUGCUUUGGAAAUACAAUAAAAUGAGCAUGCUUAAUCUUGUUGCAAGUCUUGUGAAGACAGGAGUGCAUGGAAGGAUAUAUUCUUCAGGUGAUGGAAGGGCAUUACCAGGAUUUAUAACUGUCAGUGGAAUAAACUACACAGUUAAGGCUAGAAAAACGUUUGGUGACUACCAUCGCUUACUUGGCCCCCGAGAUAGAUAUGAAGUAGUGGCAACCAUGCCUGGUUACAAAUCAAAGAAUACAUCAAUUUGGUUAGAUGAAGGGGCCAUGACAUUGGAUUUUGUUCUUGACCCUGAAGUUAGUGUCAAACUCAAAGGUGGUAUACUAGAAAAUGUCCAUGAUUGCAACUGUGACAGUAAAAGCAAACUAGAAUUCGUUCAAUUUCUUUGGGGAUCCCACUUGGAAGUUUUCUUUGUUUUCAUUGUUAUUUUAGGAUUUUUAUGCUUAUUAUUUCAGAGGAGAAAAAAAGUCAAAAUUUCAACCUCCAAACAGUCAACAGGAGCAAAAAGAACUGUUGUGGUUUGAGGUUUUGGUUACUGAUUUGUAUCAAAUUCUGUUGUAUACUAAUGUAGAAUACUUAUUCCUCAUUCUUUUAGACAAGGCCCAUAUAAUAAGAAAAUAUAAUAGCAAA